AUGGCUGCAGUGAAUUGCUUCCAAUAUGUGAACAGGGAAGGAAUUGGAGUGAUCCCUUUUUCUCUCUCUCGGAAACGAGGCAAUUCCUCCCCCCCUGAUCAAGGUAGCGUCCAAGCCACAGUCAUGGAAAUGAAAGUUUCGCUUGGGAGAGCUCAGGCCUCAUCCUAUGAUCCUUGCUAUGAUCCAACUUUGCCACAUCGGGUCAUGAGCCCACUCAUCAACACACGGACGCGUGUAUGGAAGUCCCGUCCCGAAGAUCCACGAAUCCAACUCAAGCCAAAAGGAAAAAAAAAGAAAUGUCAGCAAAAGAAGGAAAAGAAUGCAGCCGCAGCCUUUUCAUCCGCAACCUGA